AUGUCUAAUUUCAUCCUGCUUUGGGAUGCAUUCGGUCUGACACAAAUUAAUCUAUUACAAACGAUUGCCGAAGAUCAAGAUUUUACCAGUUCUACGCUGAAACCGGGAUAUGUUAUUCAUGUGACCGGAACCGUGAUAGCCCGACCAGUGAAGGAUAAUAUGAGUACAGGUGAAAUAGAGGUAGCACCCAGGGCAAUAACUGUGCUGAAUGCACCUAGAGUCGCAUUGCCAUUUACCAGAAGUUUGAUGACCGAGGUUAAUGAGCAAGUCCGGUUAAAGUAUCGGUUUUUGGAUCUUCGUUCCGAGGUGCUUCAGCGAAACCUACGAUUUCGUUCCGCUCUGAUCCUUCGAAUGCGUCAGUAUUUGUGCGAGACUUAUGUGAAUUUUCAGGGUGCUCAAGAAUUUGUCGUGCCUACUCGUAAUGCUGGGUUUUUCUACAGUCUGCCACAAAGUCCUCAGCAGUUCAAGCAACUACUGAUGGUUGGCGGUAUAGAUCGGUAUAUGCAAAUCGCGCGAUGCUUUCGGGAUGAGGCAUCAAGAGCCGAUCGACAGCCAGAGUUCACACAGUUAGAUCUAGAAAUGUCAUUUGUGGAAAUGGAAGAUGUUUUUCAGGUCAUCCAAGAUACGCUCUCUGCCUGUUGGGAUUUGAUACGCGAGGUCAAAUUAGAUGAGAAUGCUGUUCAGCCUUCCUUUGGCCGAAUGGACUACAAGACUUGUAUGUCGCGUUUCGGGACCGAUAAGCCAGAUCUACGCUUCGGAUUUUCUUUCUGUGAACCGACGAGCAGCGACUUGAUUGGGUUCCGUGUUUCGGCCUCUCACGCCAGCUGUUUGUCGCAUUCAGAUUGGAAAAAAGUUCGAACAUUGGUUAAGGAGUUGACCGGAUUGAACGUCUCCAGUUUUAAAGCUGGUUUUGCACCCUCAGAAUUCAAAGAAUUGAUCGAAAAUCUCCGCGCAGGUUCUGACGAUUAUGUAGUGUUUGUUCGUGGAAGUUCUGAUGCACAGAAAAAAUGCUUGGGCUUAGCUCGAACCGAACUGGCACAGAUGUUGCACCAGAAAGGUAUGUUGGAUCGAUGUUUGAUAGCUCAAAAUUGA